AUGAGGGUGAUUUAUAGCGGUAUAGUGGUUGCAGGUGUGGUGGUGCAAGGGAUCCGAAGGAUGGGAUUCGCAAGCAGGAGCUGGGUGAGACGUUAUUCCACUGGGAAGCGUGUAGAGAAGGUUGAUGAGGAGUGCAGGGAAUGGGUGCGGCGACUGGAGUGGAGGGGGGUUCCGGAGGAUCUAUAUAGGACGCACUACGAUCGAGCAGGUGGACCGGGAGGACAGAACGUGAACAAGGUGAACAGCAAGUGCACGUUGACUAUAAACGGGUUUUCGGUGUGUGAGUGGGUUCCGUUGGGAGUGCGGAGACAGUUAGCAGAGAAAGGAUUUCGGUAUUAUGCAAGGGCCAAGGAUGCGGUUGUUGUGCAGUGUGACACAUGGAGGUCACGAGAGGACAAUCGGAAAGGGUGUUUGCAAAAGUUGGUUAAGGAAAUUAAGGCAGCAGUUUACUUUGCGAGACCAGUUUCUGAGGAGAAGGUGGAGCGAUGGACGAAAAUACAUAAGGAUGCGGAUCGGAGCCGUUUGAAAGUUAAAAAGCUGCAUGGGCAUAAAAAGAAGGCAAGGACUAGGAUCACUGAGUUCUAA